CGCGUAAUAAAUGUCUCUGUGCUGAAUUAUUAAAAAAUCUCUUAAAACGGCCCUUUCAAACGUGAAUAUCGUCAUGGCGAUGGAAUACAGCAAAGAGCAGCUCAACUACUACAGGAUUUGUUACGUUGUCACUGAUGUAUUAACUGAUGGUCUGCGAAUAAUCUUCAAACAAGAAUGGGACAAUCGCUACGGUGCAACAACGUCAGGGGAAUGGAAGGAUGAACCAAGAAAUGGAGUGGACUUUCAAAACAAGGAAUCUGCUCGGAACCAAAAAAGAAAUGCGCAUCUCCUUACAACCAUGAUUGGCGGAAACAGAGCAGAAUGGGAUUGUACGAUGCUUUUCUACGCUAUUCUUUUCUCAGAUUGUAUUGACAAACUCAGCCCAGUUGUCAGAUCAAAUGUCGAUGCCCUCAGAAAGGUUCGAAAUGAAGAUUUUGCGCACAUGUCGGAAGGAAAUCUUUCAGACCUGCAGUUUACAGACAUCAUUAGCAAAGUUCACACUGCAUUUCAAGCGCUCGGUCUUUCCACAAUGAAAAUUCAAGAGAUUAAGAGUCAAACGAGCUUUCCCACGGAGGAACUCCAGGAGAAGGAGCACGAAAGACAGGUUCUUGAGGAUCAGUUGAACAAUGAUAUCUUCCCCUUCUGUGUCCUCCCUCCUAAACCCUCACAUGACGUAACAAGUCGCGACCGAGAGGUGGCCGAAAUACUGCAACAGCUUAGAGAACUUAAAACAGCAAAUAAAGACAGGUUAAGUUACCUUUACAUUUCCGGAAAUCCUGGAAGUGGAAAGUCUCAACUAGCGGGUCUUGUGACUGAACGAUUCUACAGAGAAAUUAAAGAUCUUCCGGAUGGUACCUCAUUUGUGAUGACGAUAAAUGGUGAAAGUCCAGAUACUGUGCUACAAUCAUAUGUGGCUUUUUCACGGCGUCUUAAGUGUCCCGAGUACGCGGUGACAACCACCCUCCAUUCAGAGGACUUGACAACAAAUGAGAAAAUCACCAAUCUUAGGGCAUUGAUCGGAACGAAAAUUGGGCUUUAUACAUCGUGGCUGCUCGUAGUUGAUAAUGUCGCGAGUCUAUCACAUGUGCAUGUCCAUCUACCCGAAGCCGAAAAUGAGAUGUGGGCAAGAGGCCAGUUGCUUAUCACAACUCAAGACAGUGGGUCAAUUCCUCAAGCAAGUUCCUUCAACAAACACAUCUCAAUAAGCAACGGAAUGAAUCUUGAUGAUGUCAGUUGUUUAUUGGAAAAGCUCUCAGGAAUCACGGACAAAGAGAUGGAAAUCAAAGUUGCUCAGGCGUUGGACUACCAGCCUCUCGCCUUGGCAAGUGCCGCCACUUAUGUCAGAGAAGUUCGACAGACAUCUAAUUUUGGCUGGAAAGACUAUCUUGCAAAACUUGAAACAGGCCAAAGAAAUGCCAUGGAGACAUUUCUUGCCGAAGUCAACCCAAGCUAUGCAAAGUCCAUGACCACAGCAACAACACUGGCCGUAGAAACAGCUAUGGAAUCCAACAAAAUUAUGCAUCACGCCUUUAAUUUCCUGUCCCUGUGUGCACCACAACCAUUAAGUCUUAAUAUCAUUGAAGACUUUAUCACAAGUGUGGAUAAAGAAAUUCAAGACAAAGAGAUGAUUCGUUUGAAGAUACAAAGGUGCUCCCUGCUGAUGUUUGAAAGAGACGAAACUGACGUUUACAUUCGUGUGCAUCAGGUUGUACAUAAUUCCAUUAAGACUUUGGCUGCAGCUCAUUCGGAUGAUAAGCACAACGAGGUCGUCAGUGGAGUGAUUGGAUCAUUCAGUCGUUUUGUAGAAAAAUAUCUAUCAAGGGACAACGACGAGUUCUAUGCUCUAAUAAACAGCAGAUAUAUUACUCAUUUGAUAAAUUUAGCCCCAGAACUUGAGAGAUAUUUUUCUAAGAAGGUUAUUUCUCAAGUUGACCAAAGUGGCUUUUUGAUCAGGAACCAUGCGAUGGACCUCCAUAGAAUGAGUGUAUUUUGCUAUAUGCAUUGUGAAUACGAAACUUCAAGACGUUUCAUCGAUAUGGCAUUAGACUUAUCCAUUGUCAACGAGCACGACCCUGGCUUAGAUGUUGCAAGUUCUUACACUAACCUGGGUAUUGUACACGAUGAGCUGGGUGACCUGAGUCAGGCAAAGGAUUAUCAUGAUCGUGCACUGGCCAUUCGUCUGAAAAAGCUUGGACCUGACCAUGUUGACGUUGCAAGUUCUUACACUAACCUGGGUAUUGUACACAAAAAGCUGGGUGACCUGAGUCAGGCAAAGGAUUAUCAUGAUCGUGCACUGGCCAUUCGUCUGAAAAAGCUUGGACCUGACCAUGUUGACGUUGCAAGUUCUUACAAUAACCUGGGUAUUGUACACAAAAAGCUGGGUGACCUGAGUCAGGCAAAGGAUUAUCAUGAUCGUGCACUGGCCAUUCGUCUGAAAAAGCUUGGACCUGACCAUGUUGACGUUGCAAGUUCUUACAAUAACCUGGGUGUUGUACACUAUAAGCUGGGUGACCUGAGUCAGGCAAAGGAUUAUCAUGAUCGUGCACUGGCCAUUCGUCUGAAAAAGCUUGGACCUGACCAUGUUGACGUUGCAAGUUCUUACACUAACCUGGGUAUUGUACACAAAAAGCUGGGUGACCUGAGUCAGGCAAAGGAUUAUCAUGAUCGUGCACUGGCCAUUCGUCUGAAAAAGCUUGGACCUGACCAUGUUGACGUUGCAAGUUCUUACACUAACCUGGGUAGUGUACACAAAAAGCUGGGUGACCUGAGUCAGGCAAAGGAUUAUCAUGAUCGUGCACUGGCCAUUCGUCUGAAAAAGCUUGGACCUGACAAUGUUGACGUUGCAACGCGUUGUUGCGUUUUAUAAAUACUGCUGCAGGUACGUUUUAUUCUCCUUCUUUGCCUUCACUUACGGUCUCGAAUUCAUUGUCAAUAAUCUCCUCUGCAUCUUCCGUCUCUACAUUCUCUUUUUCCCAUACUGCAUCUUCUUCUGAGCCGUCUAGCGCAUUCGCGAUUCCACAGGAUUUGAAUGACUUCUCAGUUAAAUCUUGAAGAAUUCCGUUCCAGGCGCGAUCGAUCCAGGUCAACACCAGUUCUUUGCUCGGCGCUCUCUUCUUUCCAGAUGGGGUAUACGUGAACGGGCCAUUUACCAUCCAUAUUUCAUGCAGCAUUCGGAGUUUGGCUUUGAAAGGCUUGUUUAUGCAGUUGUCUGAGGGCUGCAAAACUGACGUCAGGCCACCGGGAAUAACAGCAACAUCAACACUUCGUCUCGCACUGUUCGGUUGCCCGUAAACUCGAGGGUUCUUGUGGCUGGCAGCUCAAAUCGCAUAGGAGUUUCGUCCGUGUUUAGGAUGUGGCUUAACUGGUAGUCAUGCCGUCUCCGGGCCCUCAACACAAACCGAUGGAAUUCGACGAUCUUCUCCUCCAUGUCUGCUGGUAGUUUUACAACUAGGAGUUCGACCAGCUGAGACAUGCUUAUAAAGCUUAAACUGGAUCAAUUAGUAUUCAUAGCUUUAGAAAGUAACACUGUUUCCUAAGAAGGCAGACUAUAUUUACGGUAGCUAGAUCUCUUUUAUAGGUGUGAUUUUUUUUUCGCUUUGUUCGUGCAAAUGUGCGACUUUUUUGCCUUUUGUUAAAAAAAAAAAUGACAUGACUAAAUUAGGAACUUUGAAAACACUAUUGUUUUGAAAGUGAAGAUAGUGAAAAAGUCCAAAGUUGAGGUUGCGUCUUAUAACCGGGUAUUUUGGCAAAAUUUUCGGUUUAACAACUUGAAAGAAACGAGUUCAAAAAUUCAGGUGCGUAUUUUAACUGAGUGCGCCUUAUAACCGAGAAAAUACGGUAAUCUUUAUUAUUUUCAGCAGAAGUAUAUUAUGAUAGUGCUGCUUGCCAUCUAUGAAAAAAAAUCCUUGGAUCUGACCAUGUUUGGGUUGCGAUUACUAAUAACCAUUGAUAAAAUCUGAGUCAUUUCGCAGAAUAUCGCGUUUUCUCUGUUUCUACAUUGUUUAUCAAGUUACCUUCAACGUAUUUCCGGUUACGCAAAUACAACUUUAUAAAAAGUUCAA